CCUUCACGCCACAGCAUUUCUGAAUGGCGCAUGCAGAGCAUCGCCAGAGAUUCGGAGGACAGCACAGAUGACGAGUUCUUUGACGCUCACGAGGGCUUCUCUGACAACGAGGAGAUCUUUGCCAAGGAGAUCACCAAAUGGAGCUCCAACGAUCUGAUGGAUAAAAUCGAGACAGCGGAGGCAGAGGAAGCCCAGGGUGACUAUCAAGAAUCGGGUGGGGAGUUUUCUGGGACUGCCAGCGUGGAGCGACUCAAUGAGAGACGCAGAUCCAUGCGGCGCUGCAGCGUCCGUAAGCGUCGACGUACAGCACGCAAACGCCCAGCUGACUGUUCCUCACAGCAGUGCUUACAGCCGUCCAAGAUCCACGUCCUCAUCCUGGUCCUGCACGGCGGCAACAUCCUGGAUACGGGCAGCGGAGACCAGAACAGCAAACAGGGGGACGUCAACACCAUCAGCAGCGCGUUCGAUGCUGUGAUGCGGGUUCAUUACCCCACUGCAUUGGGCCGCAUUGCCAUCCGCCUGGUUCCGUGUCCGGCCGUGUGUGUGGAGGCCUUCUCUCUGGUGUCAAAUUUGAGUCCUUACAGCUAUGACGAAGGCUGCCUCUCCAACAGUCAGGAUCACAUCCCUCUGGCCGCCCUGCCCCUAUUGGCCACCUCUGCACCACAGUACCAGGACGCCGUGGCAACGGUCAUAGUGCGAGCCAAUCAGGUCUACGGUGACUUCAUCAAAUCCCUGGAGGGAGCCACUUUCACCGGACAGGUGUGUCUGAUUGGUGACUGUGUGGGAGGCAUUCUGGGAUUUGAUGCUCUCUGCAGCAGCAACGUCACUGUGUCAGAGAGUCAAAACAGCAGCCGACGUGGCAGCAUUGUUAGUGUGCAGGACAAUGACCUGCUGUCACCGGGGAUCAUUAUAAACAGCACUCACUGCUCAGGUUUGACUCUGGAGGGCAGUCGGCACCUCAGCCGCAGUAAUAUAGACAUUCCUCGUUCCAGCGGUCCGGACGACCCCAAAAAACAGCUGCCCCGCAAACGCAGCGACUCCUCCACCUACGAGCUCGACACCAUCAAACAGCACCAGGCCUUCCUGACCAGUCUGCACGCCAGCGUUUUGAGGAACGAUCCGGGUUCUCGCCGGUCCAGCAGCAGUACCAUGCUAGAGGGAGGAGGAGCUCUGGGAAAGUUUGACUUCGAAGUAUCUGACUUCUUCCUCUUCGGCUCUCCGCUAGGCCUGGUCCUCGCUCUGAGGAAAACCGUCGUCCCUUCUUUGGACAUGGCUCAUCUUCGUCCAGCGUGCCAGCAGGUUUACAACCUGUUCCACCCGGCGGAUCCCUCUGCCUCACGUCUGGAGCCUCUGCUGGAGAAGCGCUUCCACCUGAUGCCACCGUUUAGCGUGCCGCGCUACCAGCGCUUCCCGCUGGGUGAUGGCCAGUCAGCGCUGCUUGUGGAAACCAUCCAGAGUAACCCUCACCUCCUGUUGGAGAGUGUGAGCUGUGUCGCCCAGCGCUGUCAGGAUGGCAUCAGCGAGACUUCCAUUCCCGUCCCUGUGCUCAACUGGCAAGCCACGCCGGCCCCCGCCGAGUCGGACGCGAUGCAGUCUCACAGCAUUAUGUUUGCGGAUCACUCCAAUCCUUCGUCUCCGGCAUCUGUUCCAGCCUUCCGCUGGGCGCGCAGGGCCAGUGAAACCAGCAUCGCCAGCCAGGUGUCGGGGUUAGCGGACAGUUACACCGCCUCCAACAUCGCCAACAUAGCGCAAGCAUGCCAACUUAGUCUCUCCAAAAAGCUCAGUCUUUUGUCCCAAUUGGCGCUUCCCUAUAAUAAAAGCGGCUCCCGAAGCCAUUCCCCCAAAUCCAGCAAAGCGCCAAAUAAGCAGCAGGUAGAAAGGCAGGAUUCCAGCUGUUGGGAUGAUUCAGAGCAGAGCGUCUCUCUAGGCUUUGAGCCCUCACCCUCGCUCGCCUCAGACCCGCCAUCUCCAUGUGUCCCGCUGGACAUCGAGCAAGUCGCUGCUCGCUGGUGGGGCACGAAGCGCAUUGAUUUCGCUCUGUAUUGUCCUGAUGCUUUGACUGCGUUCCCCACCGUGGCUCUACCUCACCUGUUUCACGCCUCCUACUGGGAAUCAACGGACGUUGUGUCUUUCCUGCUCCGACAGGUAAUGAGGCAUGAGAACUCCAGUAUUUUAGAACUAGAUGGGAAGGAGGUGUCAGAAUUCACUCCGUCCAAACCGCGGGAGAAGUGGAUGAGGAAGAGGACCCACGUGAAGAUCAGGAACGUUACGGCAAACCACCGCGUGAACGAUGCCGUGUUUACAGAGGACGGGAAUCAGGUGGUCAUGGGUCGCUUCAUGUACGGGCCGCUGGACAUGGUCACACUGACAGGAGAGAAGGUGGACAUCCACAUCAUGACCCAGCCUCCGUCCGGCGAGUGGGUGUAUUUCAGCACAGAAUUGACCAAUAGCAGCGGCCGGGUUUCCUACAUCAUUCCCGAGAGCAAGCGGCUGAGCAUCGGCGUGUAUCCGGUCAAAAUGGUGGUCAGGGGCGACCACACAUCUGCUGACAGUUACCUGACGGUGCUGCCGCGCGGCACUGAGUUCGUCGUGUUCAGCAUCGACGGCUCUUUUGCUGCCAGCGUGUCCAUCAUGGGCAGUGACCCUAAAGUGCGAGCAGGAGCGGUUGAUGUGGUCAGGCACUGGCAGGAUCUGGGUUACCUGAUAGUGUACGUGACGGGACGUCCAGACAUGCAGAAGCAGCGUGUGGUGGCCUGGCUUUCACAGCACAACUUCCCUCAUGGGAUCGUGUCCUUCUGCGAUGGGCUCGUACACGACCCCCUCCGACACAAAGCCAACUUCCUCAAGUGUCUCAUCACAGAGGCACAUAUGAAGAUCUUCGCUGCUUAUGGCUCCACUAAGGACAUCUCUGUGUACACGUCAUUGGGUCUGUCGCCAUCUCAGAUCUACAUCGUAGGGAGACCAACGAAGAAAAUGCAACACCAGUGUCAGUUCAUCGCCGACGGCUACGCGUCUCACCUGUCCCAGCUGGAGUACAAUCAGAGAUCGAGACCCGCUAAGACCGGCAGCACUCGCAUGGUCCUGCGGAAAGGCAGUUUCGGGCUUGGCGGCAGUAGCGAUUUCCUGCGGAAGCGCAAUCACCUGUUGCGCACCAUUUCCUCACAACCCACAUCCUCCACGCCGCCCGUGCAGAUAGGACGUCCUGAACGUGCGCAGAGCCAAUCGGAAUGUGACCGCGAGCGGGCAGAACGUGCCCAGAGGAGCAUGAGCAUCGCUGCCGGUUGCUGGGGCCGAACCAGCAAACUAGAGGGUGGAGCCCUGAGCCCAAAAUAGGCUCCACCCACCAGGUCCAAAUUAUGGAGGCACUUCGUUCUGGAGGCACAUGGGGCUGUAUUACAACAGACUCUGUGAGCGAACCUCAUGGCAUUACUAUUGUUGCAUGGGAAUUGUUUUCGUUCAUGUUUCAGUUUUUUUUUAGUCCGGCAGCCAAAUAUUUUCCAGAAAUCUAGCGCCUUACGCAUGUCUCUGGGUCUUGGCCCUCGCCUCUGACUUGACUGAAUGUACUGUUGGGACUGAAACACGGAUCGUUGGGUGGGUAUGGACUUUUCCCGCUUUUCCUAUAAUUCCCCUUCCAGUGUCCGCAGAGAUUCCCACACAUGUAAAUACGUGCCUCCUCUUACCUGCUCAGGGCAGCCAUGAACUCGAGGAGCUGAUAAGACCCAGAGACCAUUUCACAUCCCUCUUCUCAUUGGUUUCUGUUGGGCCAGCCCAUAUCGGCAGUCUCUCGGAGUCGAAUCCCAGCAGCAUUUGGCAAUAAGGAUCAAAUCGCGUCACACCAAACUCCGUCUGCAGGUCAUCAGAGGCCUUAACUUCUUAUUUAGAGCACGAACGAACUCUCAAAGGAACAGCUAUCCCUUUACAAGGCCAUCUGCUUGCAAUACCUCCGGGAUGCCACCUCGACAUGGGCUGCUGGGUCACGUUUCUUUCUUUCUUGCUGUUUUGUUCACUUCUGAGCCACCAAACACGAUCGUAAGCACACGCCACAACUGCUGAAGUAAAACUUUUCCGCUGCUGCUGUUGCUGUCGACGUGGAGAGAAUUUCCCAUCGAGGACGCGCCGUGCAGCUCGCUGUAUUUGCAUGACGACAAAGGACAAUUUUCCCGAGAUUUCGCUCGAUCAUUUUCUCUCAAAAUCCUUUGCACUCAUUUCCCGGGUGAUCGGGGAGCGAUUCGCUCGACUUGCUCGCUCGAUCCCGCCGACGGCCAAAACGAUUCAUUUCGAAAGCUGUAGUUCUGCAACUGCAUAACCUCAUUGUUUUUUUUGCACUAGUGGAAUAGUGGAGGUCCUUGUUACCAUCUCAUGUCGCUACAUAAUGUUUGCGUGUAGUACAUGGCCCUUAUUAUUUAUGGCAGGGUAUUUUGUGCGCAUAUGCACGAUUAUAUAUUUCUCUGAUAUAUAGGAAACAGCGAAAA